CUUUCUUUAAGCAAAAUACAGUGUUUGGGUGAAGUUCCCCUUUAAAUGUGCCUAAGCAUGCACUAGCAGUUCUUAUUUGCAGCAUAUAAGGAGUGGUUGAAUGAAUAAUUAUAAGAGAGAAGUGGGCGGUGCAUACAGAGUGGGAUGGGCAGCAGAAGGUGCAAGGAGUUGAUUAUAAAGAGAAAUCCCAGGAGGGAUGUGAUGGUGUGCAACUCCCAGGAGCCCCGUCAAUACCCUGUUACUUUGUAGCUUCCUAUGCCUUGCCUGGAAAUCUAUGUAGAGGAGGAAUGUUCCAUUGCAGCGCAGGGAGCAGGGAGUAGAAGUACAAAUAAGCUGAGGGAAGGUGGUACUUGCCUGCAGCACAGAACUGCAUGCAGCAAGAUGAGCGGCGUGUAUGGGAGUUCAGGAGGGGAGAGGAGGAAGUAGCUGACAGUCAGAGCCGACAGAAUGGCCAGAGCCAAGAUGAAGAAUUCCCCAUCGGAGAUCAGCACCGGAUCCAAAAUUGUUCCACCAAUAACAAGGGAGGAUCUCAAUGGGGUCAGUCCGCUGCUUCCAUCUCGGAUUAUGGGCUCCUUAACGAGUGAUGCUGGGCAAAGGAAUCGUACAGAAGAAUUCAGUCUGGAUCGGUCCUACUCACAGGUGCAAGUGGAAUUCUAUGUGAAUGAGAACACCUUCAAAGAGCGGCUCAAACUUUUCUUCAUCAAAAACCAAAGAUCAAGCCUCAGAAUACGUGUCUUCAAUUUCUCACUCAAACUGUUGUCCUGUUUCUUAUAUAUUGUCCGGGUUUUGCUGGAUGAUCCAACUCAAGCUGAGUGCUGCCCAAAGCAGAAUGUCACUGUUCAUAAACACCAUGAAAUCCGCUGGGAAGCCAUCUUGUGGGUGGAGAGAGCAACACCUUUAUGGGUGAUACAGGUUAUAGUGGCUGUUAUCAGUUUCUCCGAGACAAUGCUUCUCAUCUAUCUCAGCUAUAAGGGCAACAUCUGGGAACAGAUCUUUCGCAUCUCGUUCAUUUUGGAGAUGAUCAACACCGUUCCGUUCAUCAUCACGAUAUUUUGGUCACCACUGAGAAAUUUAUUCAUUCCCGUUUUCCUGAACUGUUGGCUGGCAAAAUGUGUUUUGGAGAACAUGAUUAAUGACCUACAUCGAGCUAUCCAGAGGAUUCAGUCGGCCAUGUUUAAUCAGGUGAUCAUUCUGAUCUGCACCCUUCUGUGCCUUGUGUUCACAGGCAUGUGCGGCAUCCAGCAUUUGGAAAGAGCCGGAGAAAACCUCUCAUUAUUCAAAUCUUUUUAUUUUUGCAUCGUCACCUUUUCCACUGUGGGUUACGGAGACGUGACACCCCAAAUCUGGCCUUCCCAGCUGCUUGUGGUGAUCAUGAUAUGCGUGGCGCUGGUGGUGUUGCCUCUGCAGUUUGAGGAGCUGGUGUACCUGUGGAUGGAGAGACAGAAGUCUGGAGGAAAUUACAGUCGUCACAGGGCCCAGACGGAGAAGCACGUGGUCCUUUGUGUCAGCUCCCUGAAGAUCGAUCUGCUGAUGGAUUUCCUGAAUGAAUUCUAUGCCCACCCUCGACUACAGGAUUACUAUGUUGUGAUCCUUUGUCCAACGGAGAUGGAUAUUCAAGUUCGCCGGGUCCUUCAGAUUCCGUUGUGGUCUCAGCGAGUUAUCUAUCUCCAAGGUUCAGCCUUAAAAGAUCAAGACCUUAUGAGAGCAAAAAUGGAUGACGCUGAAGCCUGUUUCAUCCUCAGCAGCCGCAAUGAAGUGGACCGCACAGCAGCAGACCAUCAAACCAUCUUGAGAGCUUGGGCGGUAAAAGAUUUUGCCCCUAACUGUCCUCUGUACGUGCAGAUCCUAAAGCCUGAAAAUAAAUUCCACGUGAAAUUUGCAGAUCAUGUGGUUUGCGAGGAGGAAUUUAAGUACGCAAUGCUGGCGCUGAACUGCAUCUGCCCGGCCACUUCCACACUGAUCACCCUGUUAGUUCAUACAUCCAGGGGACAGGAAGGCCAGCAGUCCCCGGAGCAAUGGCAGAGGAUGUAUGGUCGCUGCUCUGGAAAUGAAGUGUAUCACAUUCGGCUGGGGGACAGCAAGUUCUUCAUGGAGUAUGAAGGCAAAAGCUUCACCUACGCUGCUUUCCAUGCACACAAGAAGUAUGGCGUGUGCUUGAUAGGAGUCAAGCGAGAAGACAACAAGAGCAUUCUUCUGAAUCCCGGCCCGAGGCACAUCAUGGCCGCCAGUGACACCUGCUUCUACAUCAACAUCACCAAGGAGGAGAACUCUGCCUUCAUCUUCAAGCAGGAGGAAAAGCAGAAGCGGAAAGGAAGAGGCUUGUAUGAUGGUCCAUCGCGGCUGCCAGUGCAUAGUAUCAUCGCUAGCAUGGGUACAGUCGCUAUGGACCUGCAGAACACAGAAUGCCGUCCCAUGAACAGCAGCAAGCUGACUCUUCCAUCGGAGAAUGGCACAGGGACCCGGAGGCCCAGUAUCGCCCCGGUUCUGGAAAUCGCAGACACCAGUACCGUGCUACAAUGUGACCUGUUGAGCGACCAGUCGGAGGAUGAGCUCACUCAGUCGGAUGAUGAAAGCUUCUCAAUACUAGAGUACGUGAAAGGGUACCCUCCAAAUUCACCCUACAUUGGGAGUUCACCUACCCUCUGUCACCUCCUGCCCUCCAAAGCUGCCUUCUGUUGCCUGCGUCUGGAUAAGGGCUGCAAGCACAACAGCUUUGAAGACGCCAAAGCCUACGGCUUUAAGAACAAGCUGAUUAUCGUUUCAGCAGAGACCGCUGGGAACGGGCUGUAUAAUUUCAUUGUCCCCCUGCGGGCAUAUUACAGAUCCCGGAAAGAGUUGAACCCUAUCGUUCUGCUCUUGGAUAACCCGCCUGAUAACCACUUCCUUGAAGCCAUCUGUUGCUUCCCCAUGGUUUACUUUAUGGUCGGCACCAUAGACAACUUGGAUAAUUUACUGCAGUGUGGGAUCAUUUAUGCGGACAACCUGGUGGUGGUAGAUAAAGAAAGCACAAUGAGCGCAGAGGAGGAUUACAUGGCUGAUGCGAAGACAAUCGUAAAUGUACAAACUAUGUUCAGGUUAUUUCCAAGUCUGAGUAUCACCACAGAGCUGACACACCCUUCCAACAUGCGCUUCAUGCAGUUUAGAGCAAAGGAUUCGUACUCUCUUGCCUUAUCCAAACUGGAAAAGAAAGAACGGGAAAAUGGAUCCAAUUUGGCUUUUAUGUUUAGACUCCCUUUUGCUGCUGGAAGAGUUUUUAGCAUCAGUAUGUUGGAUACAUUAUUAUAUCAGUCCUUCGUGAAGGAUUACAUGAUAACAAUCACAAGGCUUCUGCUUGGUCUGGACACCACGCCCGGUUCUGGUUACUUAUGUGCUAUGAAAAUCACAGAGGAUGACUUAUGGAUCCGAACCUACGGCAGAUUAUUUCAGAAACUCUGCUCAUCCAGUGCGGAAAUUCCCUUUGGGAUUUAUAGAACACAAUCACAUACGUUUCCCACAUCGGAACCUCAUGACAUUAGAACACAGUCCCAGAUCUCCAUCAACGUAGAAGAAUGUGAGGACACAAAAGACGUGAAAGAAUACUGGUCCGGCAAAAACACGCAGAGGAACUCAACAUCCAGCGACCAAUCAGAUCACCCGUUGUUGAGAAGGAAAAGCAUGCAGUGGGCACGGCGGCUUAGCAGGAAAGGGAACAAGCAAGCAAAUAAGACAGCCGAGUGGAUAAGUCAACAGAGGUUGAACUUGUACAGGAGGUCGGAGCGGCAGGAACUCUCUGAACUGGUUAAAAACAGAAUGAAGCACCUUGGCUUACCCACAAUGGGGUAUGAGGAUGUAGCAAAUUUAACUGCCAGUGAUGUGAUGAAUCGGGUAAACCUUGGAUAUUUGCAAGAUGAAAUGAACGACCACCAGAACACAUUAUCAUAUGUCCUCAUUAAUCCACCCCCUGACACCCGCCUGGAACUCAAUGAUAUUGUAUACUUGAUCCGAUCGGACCCCCUCGCACACGUCGCCAAUGACUCCCACAGUCAGAAAAGCAACUACAAAACGGAUCAAGUGGGCAAUCCGGAAACAAGGGACGAGACACAGCUAUGAGUGCGAAGCGGGACUAUUCAAAACUGUGCCUAUAAAGCCACUCAACUUCCAUACUGUAUUUAUUACAAGCCACAACAGACUCUUUAUCAUGUGAGGUGCCACAGGCUGACUUGUGAGUAUUACGGGAAGACUAUGGAGUAGGAAGAGGAGAAGGUCCUUCGUUAUUUCAUGAAUCCACUGCCAACUUCUAAGCAUUGCUUUCUCAAUCUAAGCUCUGCAUCACUGGUAGAUUUGUGUAGCUUCUGCCUCAUACGGUCUUGUCCAUCCAAUGAACUCCAUCAGAGCAAAUAGUUGACCGACGAACAAACAGAAGCGUCUCCAACUGCAAAACGAGCCCUAUUUUGUGUGUAGAAACAGCUCUGGUCUGCAUUAGUGUUUACAUUGAGUUCUGUGCAAGAGUCACAACUUAGUGAAACAGAACCCAACAUCUAAGCAGAGGACUAGAUGCACGGAUGAUAGCCUUAAAUCGCUCCAAAUCAUAUCUAGCUCUCCAGGUAGUGCUUGCAAUAAAGGCACUUACAGCUGCCCGCGGCAUCCAAUAUGUCUAACGCAAUACAACUUGCUGCACUAUAAUUUAAAACAUGGUACCCUCCUGGCCCCAGGGGCUGUUAUACAAUUCUCCUUAAGAGAAUUCUGUUCUGCUAAAGGCACAAAUGAUCUGCCGUAUAAAAAGAUACCAGACACAAUUCUGUAUCAAUGGUUCUCAUAACUGAAAUGUAUGGAAAGCACAUCUAGAUUUUUUGUUAAAAACUCAUGUAUAGAUAAUUACAGGUCCCCGUGUCCAACAUGCCUCUAUAUGAAUAUCAGCGAAGAUCAAACAUAUUCGGUUAAAGGGACCUCCUGUUUACAUUGAACAUUUGAAUGAAGCCUUGGGAAACUCGGUCUUUGAUAUGGAAUUAUUCUAUAUUUUAUCAGUAUUUUUAUUGCACAAUUUAGUACCAUAUCAGUGUUAUUUGACCCAAAAAGUGCAUUUGUUUUGCUCCUCAAUAAACUUUGUUUUUUCUCCA